GUUAAAAAACAAAGGGUCAAACAUAAAUCUAAAAAUUAAUUACGUUAUUUAAAAAUAUCAGAGAGUAUUUAGGUGUGCGAAUGCCUCGCGUUGUUUCUAGUAUGGUGUCUAGGGUUGGGUUGGUUCUCGUUGGGUAGCUAGUACCUGGAGGAAGAAGAAAAAGGCACCACGGCACGGAAACGACGAGGAGAAGAAGGAAGAAGAGAAAAGCGGAGGCCCAAAGGAAAAAGAAGAGGCCCAUUCAAGUCUAGUCCAGCCCAACCCCAAUCACUCACAGACAAGUCAGACCACUGUACAACCAACCCAAUCCAAACCGAACGAUAGAAGAAGAUGGCGACAUGUCGCUCGAUGACCUCAUCACCAGCAACAAGCGCUGCCACUGUCCCUCUGCCCGCCGCUGCCGCUCCCUAUCACGCCGGCACCUUCCAAGUGCCUUUUCUCUACCCGUUCCCCAUCUCCUCUAUCUCUCCAUCCAUCCACGCUCUCCGACUUCGACUUGUUAGUUAGGGUAUAGGGUUUGUUUCUGCCUAGGCUACGGCACCGCCCAUGCCCAACAUCGAUACGGCCACCAAAUUCUACAUCUCCAACCUCAACUACGCCGUCUCCAACGAGGACAUCAAGAAACUCUUUUCCGAGGUUGGCGAUAUGAAGCGUUACUCUAUUAACUAUGACAGGAGUCGAAGAUCGAAGGGAACUGCAGAGGUUGUUUUUUCCAGAAGAUCUGAUGCCCUAACUGCUGUUAGGAGGUACAACAAUGCGCUUGAUGGCAAACCUAUGAAAAAUGAGCUCAUUGGAACAAAUAUUGAGCUACCACCACCACUUGCUAUUUUUGGCUUCGCUGCACUAGCUGGAUACUUCAAUUUUCCUUCCAAAAGAUAAGUAGCAGCUAAUACUGACUGUCAAUCAAAGGUUCUCCAACUCUCCACUAAGUUUUGUACAGUGUUAAAGAGUCAGUGUUUGAAGAUUUUCUUGGUCUUUUUUUUUUUACAUUGGGCUCUGAGAAGACUGAAGUUUGCUUAUAUCAGUUCUGGAAAAUAUCAUUAUGAUUUUUCAGACAAAAUUUGAGUUUUUGGCAAUAUCUGAUGGAGAUAUAGAAAAUUAAAAACAAAAUAGGUUCUCCUGGGAUUUGAAUUUGUGAGCUCACACUCAGCACGAUGAAAUAUACCACCAAUCUGCGUUAGAUCUUGCAAUGUAGUUGUUUGUUAAAUUGCUUCAACUAUACCUAGAAAUCUUGAAAAAAUCAACCAAGACUUCUUCUAGGUGGUCUUUGAGAUAACCUUUUUUUUCUUUCUGAAAUCUGGGUGAAAUUGUGAGCCCUGAUGAGAGUGCCACUGAACUGCCUUGAAAGUCCAAGGAGGGCAAGGAUCACCUGAUACAUGUAUCCCUUGUAUUUAUGAAGAAUCAUGUGAAAACUUGUUUGUUGCUCAAUGUUACCUGUAGAUAGUGUGACGAGUGCUAUUAGAGUGUCUAGCAAAUGUGGUGUGAGACUGAACUUCAGAUUACUGAAUACCAUUUAAAAUUGCUUGAAUAUGCACUCUGGUUUUUUAAGCUUGGUUUCUCAGGAAGAUUUUGAGUAACAUUUCCAGUGCUGAAAUUUUCAGUGGACCUGGGAGGGGUGGAUUUGGCAGUCAUGGUCAGGGGCAUGGUGGGGGUCAUGGAUAAAUUUAUGAACUAAAAAACACAAUCUUAGUAUUACAAAAGGAGUGAUUGUUUCGCAUUUUUAUGGAAAAAACCAAAUG